AUGAAAUUUUCAUUUGGGUUCACACCUCCCUCUUCUACACGUGUUUGCAAGUUAAAGAAGUCACUUUAUGGGCUUCGUCAAGCAUCCCGACAGUGGUCUGACUCCUCUAUCUCUAUUGUAGUUGUCUAUGUCGAUGACAUACUCUUAACAGGAAAUAAUUUAGAGGAGAUAAAUGCUUUGAAAGUAUUUCUACAUCAGGAAUUCAGAAUAAAGGAUUUAGGGAACUUACAUUAUUUUCUUGGAAUGGAAGUACUGCGUGAACCUGAGGGACUAAUUUUGACUCAGCGAAAAUUCACCCUUGAUUUGUUGUUGGAAUUUGAUUGCCUUCACAAACCAUCUGUCUCUUGCCCACUUGAUCCCACCAUCAAAUUGUUGGCUAAAUCAGGUGCUCCCAUCAAAGACCCGACCUUGUAUUGA